AUCAACUAAAACAUAAAGGUAUUAUUUGCUCAAAUACGGUGCUCCAUCUUCAUUCUGAUUAUGCAUUCCGCCGAAAGACUAGAUUCCGGCCACCUCCCGCCGCCGCCACCCAGCCGGACUCUUCCUUCCAUCGGAAAAUCCAAACCCUUUUAUCUUCUAUCAAUCUUGGUUCUCUUAUUAGCAAUUUCAUUCAGUAUUAGCAAAACAGAUCACUUCAAAAAACUCUUUUUUCUCAGAUUAAAUUUGCUGAAUCCAACAGUCAUAAACAUCAAGAAAGAAAUUUCAAGAAACCCCAUUUACACAGCCCCUUAUUGUGUUCUAUGGAUGGCUCCAUUUCUUUCAGGAGGUGGGUACAGUUCAGAAGCUUGGUCAUACAUUUUAGCUUUACAUGAUUACUCAAUGUAUAAAAAUCCAACUUUUAAUUUGAAAAUUGAGCAACAUGGGGAUCUUGAAAAUCUUGAAUUUUGGGAGGGUUUACCUUUAGAUAUGAGAAAUUUGGCUAUUGAGCUUCACCAAAGAGAAUGUAAGAUGAAUGAGACUGUUGUUGUUUGUCAUAGUGAACCUGGUGCUUGGUAUCCUCCACUUUUUGAUACACUUCCAUGUCCACCUAUUGGUUAUGGUCAUUUUAAGGCUGUAGUUGGAAGGACCAUGUUUGAGACUGAUAGAGUUAAUGAUGAACACGUGAAAAGGUGUAAUCUUUUGGAUUUUGUUUGGGUUCCUACUGAUUUUCAUGUGAAAACUUUUACUGAAAGUGGGGUUGAUCCAUUGAAAGUUGUCAAGAUUGUUCAGCCUGUUGAUCUUGAUUUUUUUGAUCCAGUUAAGUAUGAGUCAUUAGAUUUUGGUUCAAUAGGGAAUUUAGUGAUGGGGUCGUUUUCAAAUGGGGAAAAGUUUGUAUUCUUGAGUAUUUUCAAGUGGGAAUAUAGGAAAGGAUGGGAUGUUUUGUUGAGGUCUUACUUGAAGGAGUUUUCUGGAGGUGAUGAUGUUGUUUUGUAUCUGUUAACGAAUCCAUAUCAUUCUGAUAGGGAUUUUGGUAACAAGAUUGUUGAAUAUGUGGAAAAAUCGGAUUUGGAAGAACCAAAAGAUGGUUGGGCUCGAGUAUAUGUUAUCGACGAACACAUAGCUCAGGUCAAUAUGCCUAAGCUAUAUAAGGCUGCUAAUGCAUUUGUUCUGCCAUCUAGAGGUGAAGGUUGGGGUAGGCCUAUUGUGGAGGCAAUGGCCAUGACUUUGCCAGUGAUUGCUACAAAUUGGUCAGGACCAACUGAAUUCAUGACAGAAGAUAAUAGCUACCCAUUGCCUGUCGAUAGCAUGAGUGAAGUCACAGAAGGUCCAUUUAAGGGGCAUUUAUGGGCUGAACCUUCGGUUGAUAAGCUGCAAAUGCUAAUGAGGCAUGUAAUGAGAAAUCAUGAGGAAGCUAAGGCCAGAGGUAAGCAGGCAAGGGAUGAUAUGAUGAGUAGGUUUUCUCCUGGGGUUGUUGCUGGCAUAGUUAGUGAUCAUAUUGAACGCAUUACUGAUCGUACACAAUGAUUGUUAUGUUCUCUUUAGGAUCGAGAGGAGUAGAUUGUACAUUUUACUGCAGCAGUAGUCACUGUUUCUUCAAGGAUUAUUAGCUCUGAUGGACUGUGUUGGUAAUCCAGUGUUGUCCUUGUGAUGAAUAUCAACAACAAAUGUCUAUUUUAAAGCUUAAGAGUUAUAUCGCUUGUUAUGCUGUGGAUUGUUGGGUUGGACUUUGGAGUAGUAUUAGAGGGAAAGAUACGUGCCAACUAUUUUCUGUAAGUUGUCAAAAUAGAAGGAGAAAACCAAAGCUACAGCAUUAAGGGAAAGCUUAAUCACACAUCCAACACCAAUGGACCGCGAGUAUCAACUAUGGAAGGAGAUCAUAUUUGCUGUCAAUCACCAUCAUACAAUAUUCAGUCUAACCAUAUGCUCAACAGUUAAUUCUGGAAAGGUCAUCAAGAAAAAUAAACCAAGAAGCAAGGGGCAGUUUGGUGCACUAAACAUUCCUUAUUCACGCAGGGUUCGGGGAAGAGCCGCAACCCUAAGGAGUGUGAUGUAAACGACCUACCCCAGUGACCUAUAGAUCACACGGAAACUACUUUACCAUUGCUUCGGGACUCCCAUUCAGAUCAAGAAGCAAGCAGAAAUACAAAUUAUGUAAUUGGGAAAAAAAAAAACCUUACCUGAAGAUUUGAAGCCAUUUCAGGUUUUCAUGAUCCUCCUUAUUCAUCAAGUGAGUAUAUGCCCCUGACUUGUGCAGAGCUACAUAACAAUAGUUCAAGAUUAGCAAUUAAGUUUAACAUUAUAUCCAUCAAGUCGUAGGGGUAAGGUUUGCAUACAUCAUUACACUAGGUAUGUUGUUGAAAACGAAAAAAGGAGUUAAUUAUGUAUUGCUUACGA